AUGUCCUCCGCUUUCCCUGACGCUGUCGCUGAUAUCCCCACACCCCCGCAUGUCCAUCUAGAUUCCAUGCUCUCCCGCAAAUUCGGCAAGGAGACAGUGAACUAUUUUUCGGGCAACCCUUCAGAAAUCUUCUAUGCUUCGUACAAUGAUGUCAAGACCCUCAUUCCCGAAGACGUCUUCGACAAGACCGAAGCAGAUGCUCUCAAAGACUUCCAGCCCUCCAUCACAACCCCGCUCCUGAUAUUCCUAGGCCUAGACGAAACGCACAAGGAAAAUUCGCUGAGCUAUAAAUCGUAUACGGGGGCCCCCUUCUUCGCGCUAGAUGUCACUCCGCGCGGCACAAUCGAGCAGCCGGCCAAGGGCAUUAUCGCAACCAUGGAAGCCAACGGCCUCUCCUUCUUCCGCGGCCGCACCGUCACCACCCUUCCGGCAGAUGUAGCAGCUAUAUACGCUCAAGCCCGCGCCCUUCUUGACUGGAAUACGCGCAAUGCUUACUGCGGCACCUGCGGCCAUUUAACAAUGUCUAUUCAAGCGGGCACGAAGCGCGCCUGCCCACCCCACGACACCAAGGGGCCCCGCCCGCCCUGCAGCACGCGCACGAGCAUCUCAAACCUAUCGUUCCCCCGCACAGAUCCCACCAUCAUCGUCGCCGUCGUCAACCAUGACGGCCAGCGCGUACUUCUUGGCCGGCAGAAGCGGUACCCGCCGCACUGGUACUCGACGCUGGCGGGUUUCGUCGAGCCGGCUGAAUCCGUCGAGGACGCAGUGCGUCGCGAGGUGUGGGAGGAAUCUGGCGUGGUGGUGUCCCGUGUCGUCAUCCACAGUACGCAACCAUGGCCCUACCCGGCUAACCUGAUGAUCGGGGCAAUCGCGCAAGUGGCGAAGCCGGAGCACGAGGUCAUCUCCCUCCAGCAUGAUCCCGAACUCGAGGAUGCGCGGUGGUUCUCUAUUGCGGAGGCCGAGGAGGCGUUGAAGCUGGGCACGAGCGAUUUGGAGGGGAAGCCCGGGCUGGGGUAUAGAGAGGGUGCAUUGCGAUUGCCGCCUAGGACGGCGAUUGCGAAUCAGCUGAUCGCAGCGGUGAUCCACGGGGGGGUUUGGGGUUGA